UCUCUUUCCACUGAGAGCACUGGGGGCUAGGGUCGGUGUGGUGCCGAGACAGCGCUACCGAAGCACAGCAAGUACGAUUUAAAGAACCAACGUCAUGAAGUCUGUGUUGACGUCUGUCCUGCUGGUGCUGCUGCUGGCGGCUGCUAGCGCCUCGCUUAUUCCCAGCGCCGAGGCCCGGGUGACACCGCCGGCCGAGACCCGGUCCCGCUUCGCCGCGCUGGACGAGGUGCGCCUGCUGGCCAACGGCCUGCUCCAGCUCGGCCAGAGCCUGAGGGAGUUCGUCCACAAGACUCGGGGCCAGAUGAACGACAUCUUUCAGAAGAUCAACAUCUUCGACCGCUCCUUCUACCAGCUGUCAGUUCUGGCCAGCGAGAUCAGGGACGAGGAGGAGGAGCUGAAGAAGACCACGUUGAUACUGCAGGCCAACAACGAGGAGGUGAAGAGCCUCUCGCUUGAGAUAAACUCUAAGGUGGAGGGCAUCCUGGAGGAGCGCAGCCGGCUGCAGAGCAAGGUGGGCGGGUUGGAGGAGCAGCUGAGCAGCCUGUCCCAAGGGCUGGUGACAAGCCAACAGCUGGCCGAGAUCGGCACCCUCAGGGAGGUGAUCCACAGCCAGGAGAAGAGUAUCACUGAGCUGCUGCGGGCUGUCAGGGAGCAGAGCGACCAGCUCAACGACCAGAGGUUGCAGAUCAACAGCCUGGAGAAGAAGAUCACAGGCAACUCACUGGCCCAGGAGACAGUGAAGACACCGGACAGUUUGACCCCUGAACCUCCAACCCUGACCCCGUAUGAGGUCACAGACUUCAGGAACGACCUGCCCUUGGACUGCAGCGAUUUGUUCGGCCGAGGCCGGCGAGUGAGCGGUGUUUACGCAUUAAAACCAACCAACCUAUCCAGACCUUUCAUGGCCUUUUGUGACAUGAGCAAAGAUGGCGGAGUAACGGUUAUUCAGAGAAGGAUGGACGGGACAGUGAACUUUGACCAGACAUGGCAGAAGUAUGAGGAUGGAUUUGGAGAUUUCCAAGGUGAGUUUUGGCUAGGCCUCAAGAAGAUGCAUGCUUUGGUUGCACGUGGCAACUCCAUCCUCCGCAUCGAAGUGGAGGACUGGAAGCUUGGCAAGCGCUUCGUAGAGUACAACCUCCAUCUGGGGGGAGCUGAGAGCUACUACAAGAUCCACCUCAAACAGCCAAUGGGAGACCUGCCCGAUGCAAUGACCAAUCAGACAGGGAUGAUGUUCUCCACUAAGGACCAAGACAAUGACAGCCACCAGGACUCUAGCUGUGCUGCUAGCUACACAGGUGGCUGGUGGUUCAACGCAUGCGGCGACGCCAACCUGAACGGCCGCUACGUCUCCGUGCGGCCCAAGAGCCGUGGGCCGGAGCGCCGCAGUGAGAUCCAGUGGAGGCCAAGCCGACGGGCCGCCUUCUCCCUCCGGUCCACGCAGAUCUCUGUCCGCCCCUCCUCCGCCACCAACACCUUCUCGUCCUCCGGGCAGACAGGCAGCUCCUCCCUGUGAAUUCAUCGUCUGUAAAUGAUGUCUUCUUCUCUUGAAGCCCUUCUGACUUUACCCCAAGAUAGUAAACAUGGAGAAAAAUACAAGCAAGAUGGGAUUUUAGUCUUUGGUGGCAAAGCCCAUGCUUGGCUGGGACUGAGAAGGAAGUAACAGAAGGGAAAGAUCUACUAUAGACAGCUUUACCUGGAAACUCAGCGUGCAAAGACAAUGUGUUGGUGAGAUAAUGAUAGUUUUAAGAUUAUGAAAAAUGGCAGUGAGAAGUCAUCAUCUUGCUUGUAUUAUUGAACACAAGAAUCUGACGAUGAUUGUUAUUAAAGAAAUUGAAUAACAAAGGUAACACGUCAGUCAUUGUAUCUUAACAGUUUAACACCGUUUUACGAGUGGACACCCAUGAUUAAAUGUACCUAUUCUGUGUAUAUUGAAAUUUUGAUAAAGUAUAUUUUUGUAUAACUUAUAUAAUAAUAAAUGCAUUGGAUCAAUAAU